UAGGCUGCCUAUCCCCUUUACUCAAAAGCCCGAUCGCCACAUCUCCUCACCAAUGCACUUGACUGCUGCCUCAGAUCCAAUUCCUACGCCUAAAUUCCUUUCUUUCGUAUCACUGAAUUCCAGGCGUGGCUCAAUUACGAAGAGGAAGCCAGGUCCUCAGAAUAAGUGGAAAGUUAUUGGAGACUAUAUUCUUAGCCAAAAGCCUUAUGAGAUGCCUAUAAGAGAGAGGUAUGCCAAAUAAGGCUACCGAAAUAUAUCAAAAUAAAUUAAAAAAUAAACAGAAACGAAAAUAAAGAGCAAAAGAAAAAGAGUAAAACAAAGAAUAGCUUUCGAGACUUCAUGGUUCCAACAAAGCAAAGUUCAAGGAAAUGAUCUUAUAUACCUAAAAAGAUAAAAGAAGAGAAGAAGAUUGAUCUAUUCAAACCUUUGAGGAAUAAAAGGAAAAUUAACCAUAAAAAGUGUUUUAAGGUGCAAUGGAACUCUACUUUAUUCUUCUCACCAAGAGAAAUUGAGAGAGGACGGCCAAUAAUAUUUCAAAAUUAUACUCAAGGUAUGGAAGAAAGCAUCCAAACUCAGAAAACCAAGAGAAGAUACAGAAAGGGAUCCCUCUCACGAAAAGAAACUUCUAAAAUAUUUGACAGAAUAGUUAACAAGGAUAUCCCAGGUACGUCACGCUCUAAAAGGUCGUCUCUCCAAGGUUUGUAUUCAAUACGAGGUAGUUUCAUGAAUAAAACAAUAUGAUAAGUUUCAG